UAUGGAGUAUAUUAUGCCCCAUUUUCAUCCAAAAAUACUCGAAAGUUUCAUUUCUUGGGGAUUCUUCUUCGAAUGUCAAAGUAUGCGAGCCUGGCUGCGCGAGGCGGUGACGUCACGAGGCGGGGUCACGCGCAGGUCGGUUCAAGCAGAGUUCACGCGCACAAACACAACUCCCGCAAUCAGCCGCAGCUGCCAGCUUUGGACCGAACCGGGACCAGCUCGCAGUCCGCCCGGCUUCCCGCUCCAUGGCCCGCUGACGCCGCGAGGGACCAGCACCUUCCCCGUCCGUAGACCGUCAUGUUCGACUACGUGGACUUCCAAGUGUUCGGUACCGGGGAGACGGACCGCCGGGACUGCAUGUAUGAGCAGGAGCGCCGCUGCGCAGCCGACCUCCCGGAGCUCUUCCUCGGCCACUGGCGGAGCGAGGGCUCGGUGUUCGGCGUGGAAGAAGUGCCGCGCCGGUACCGAACCGGUUCAGACGUGGGUAGCCAUAGCUCCGCCUCCAGCUCCGAUGACCCGUUCACAGGCUCCGCCUCCUCGCCGCCCCCACCCCCGCGCACCUACAAACCGUGCUUCGUGUGCCAGGACAAGUCUUCGGGAUACCACUAUGGCGUCAGCGCCUGCGAGGGCUGCAAGGGCUUCUUCCGCCGCAGCGUGCAGAAGAAGAUGGCGUACACGUGCCACCGGGACGAGAAGUGCGUCAUCAACAAGGUGACCAGGAACCGCUGUCAGUACUGUCGUCUGCAGAGGUGCUUCGCUGUGGGAAUGUCUAAAGAGUCGGUGAGGAAUGACAGAAACCGUCUGAAGGCCAAGGAGGAGCCGAAGAUGUCCAUCGCAGAGACGUACGAGAUGACGGCCGAGCUGGACGUCAUCGUGGAGAAGAUCUGCAGGGCCCACAGGGACACCUUUCCCUCCCUUUGCCAGCUGGGGAAAUACACCACGAACUCCAGCUCGAACCAUAGGGUCCAGCUGGACCUGGGCUUGUGGGACAAGUUCAGUGAGCUGGCCACCAAGUGCAUCAUCAAGGUGGUGGAGUUUGCCAAGCGAGUGCCGGGCUUCACGGGCCUCACCAUCGGCGACCAGAUCACGCUGCUGCGGGCCGCCUGUCUGGACAUGCUGAUUCUGAGGAUCUGCACCCGCUACACCCCCGACAACGACACCAUGACGUUCUCCGACGGCCUGACGCUGACCCGCACUCAGAUCCACAACGCAGGCUUCGGGCCCCUGACGGAUCAGGUGUUCACCUUCGCCGGCCAGCUGCUGCCGCUGCAGAUGGACGAGACGGAGAGCGGCCUCCUCAGCGCCAUCUGCCUGGUCUCCGGAGACCGUCAGGACCUGAAGGAACCGUCCAAGGUGGAGGUGCUACAGGAGCCUCUGCUGGAGGCGCUGAAGAUCUACUCCCGCAAGCGGCGGCCCAGCCUGCCUCUGGUGUUCCCCCGGGCCCUCAUGAAGAUCACAGACCUGCGCAGCAUCAGCGCCAAAGGGGCAGAGCGAGUGGUGAGCCUGAAGAUGGAGAUUCCGGGCGCCAUGCCGCCGCUCAUCGAAGAGAUGCUGGAAGACCUGCAGAAAGUGGAGAAGGACCAGAAGAAACUCUCGGAGAGCCGAGGAGCGAGGUCGUAUGUGACGCCGCCUCACUGCUCCUACACUUCCUCCUCCGCCUCUUCUUCUUCUUGUCCUCUGAAGAUCUAACUUUCUCUCUCCACUUUCUGUAUUUAUGUUGCCGAAUUACAUCUCAUGGACGUCUCUUACCUCAUGAAAUAACCACGUCUUUAGUUUGGAUGCACAAGAAAUAUCUGACCAAUUUUAGGAAUUAUGAGGAUAAAUCCGCUCAUAUUAAAACCCUCUGGGGACGUUUGACUUGAAAACAUUUUGGAUUAUUUUUGUUUUUUUACUUAAAUUUGUUUAAAAAAAAACACAUCAUGUUUUUGAUUUGACCCUUUUGAAGGCCUGUUAAUCACAUGACGUCAUAAGUGUAAACUAGUAAAAUAUGUUAUGCAGAAUUACAACUAAAUAAACUCUGACAUUAGAUCAAAAUGGGUUCAGAUUAUAAUUAACUGGUAUUUUUGUUGAACUUGAUUGAGAGAUUUGAGUGAAAAAAGAAAAACAAAAAAGAAGCCAAAAUGUUACGAAGGACUAUGUCGUGUUUGACAAAGGGUAUUGUAGAAUAACUACCAGUGUGUCAUGUACGUCUCAAAGAAUUGGACAUUAAAAUAUUAAAACAAUUAUAUACAGUAUCUAAAAAACAAACAACAAAUUAAUAAACUUUCUUUUUUAUAAACAAGCAAAAAAGAUGACAACGUGCAGAACUGAGCUGUAUGCGUUGCUCUGCCAACACGCACGCACACACAGAAGUCCGUAUGGUGCCCUCACAAACGAUCAGAAAUCACAAAAAUCCUCAAACAUUUUGCUACAAUAAUAAGAAUUUUUAACAGUCUGCGCAAACACACAAAUGUCCAAAAAUGUUUUUAUGUAUUCCUACCCCCUUUCUGCUCUGUCACUGACAAUGAUUGUCGAUCGGAACAGUUUGCAAACUUAGGUUUUAUUUAGGUUCCAUGUUUUAUUUUGCACUAAAAUGUUGUCACAUUUUGGCCAACAUUUGUGCCGUUACUAAAAUAUUGUUCUUUAAGGUUUUUAUUUUAAUGUAAAUUAAAAAAAUUCCAAUUCCUUCACAGGUGUACGAUACACUGCUAGUUAUUCCACAAGACCCCAAAGCCAAACAGAAGUUGUAAGUUCAUAUUUUUCUUUUUCUUUUCUUUCUUUUUUUUUUUUACUCAAAUCUCUCAUUCAUUAUUUUAUUUUAACCCUUUAAAUGCCUUCUGAUCAAAUAGUGGCACAUUUUUUUUUAAAUAGCACACAUUUGCAUAACACAAGUUAUUUGACUAAUUUGUGACUUUAUCUGAUUAAAAGGCCUUCCAAUUUAUAAUAAAAGCAACACACAUUUGAAUUAUUUUGAAAUGUUUUUGGGAAAUUGGAGCAACAAAAAAAAAAGUAAUAUUUUUACACUUACAUGUUCUGUUUGGCUUGAAGAUAAUAAAAAAAAUCAACACUUUUUUUAACACGUAAGGUUAAAAAAAGUGUUGAAAUCGUUUUUGUACAGUAAUGUUCGUCACAGGAUAGACGUACUUAUAAGUGAAUGUGUCCACAUCACACAUCACGUAUGUAAAACGUAACAAAAGUGUCGUCACAGGACUCCAGUGGACUGUUUGCAGUUUUUGUCCCGCUAGUUCAUCAUCAUGUCGUAUACUUGAAAUAAUAACACUGCUAAUAAUGUUCACUUCUGCUUGCCGGGUGACUUUUUCAAUGCCUUAACAAGCCUUUACAAGCUGACGAGUUUACAAUAUCAAUAAAGCUAUAGAUUGUUUUAUCAAACUGAGUACUGUCGCUGUGACGACCUCUAACAGCAGCUCACUCCUUCUGCGUACAAUCUAAUGUGAUAUGUACUUUUUUUAUAAAAAAAAAUAUUAAACACCGCUGCUGACUCAUGUCUUUGCAUGUCACAAUAAUGCUAAUAUCCUGUAUUUAGAGUUAGUAAGGUUUUAUGUGCCCUUGUAUUAGUUAGCCCUGGGAGAUAAAUCCAUUUUAUCGAAAUAUUCAAGUUUUUUUGCUGCAGACGAUUUUAAAAUGUCAAAAUAAAUGUUUUUUCUCCUU